AUGCGCACCAAGCAGUCGGCCGAGUUCGAGAAGCAGGAGAGCACGUGGAUCUACCUGCUGCACCAGCAGGCGCCGCCGCAGACCAGGCUCUCGGCCGAGGCCUCGCUCGCGCUGCCCCCGCUGGACGCCGCCGCGCCCGGGGGCGCCCAUGACGCCGCGCUCUUCGGAGAGGCGGCCUCGGCCCCCACGCUGCCCGCGCGCGGGCUGCUGCUGCCCCCGCCGGCGCCCGGCGCGUCGGCCAUGGUGCUCUCCAGCCAGGACAAGUCGUGGACGCCGCAGCCCAGCACGAGCUUGCUGUCACUCCCGCGGUUGAGUGACCGCAGUACCUCCGGGAGCACUAAAGCCACGGCGGCGUCGCCGCGCUCCGUCGGCAAGCGCGCGUGCUUCCCCAAGAAGUGCGACUUCCCCAUGUGCAAGAACAGCUCGCGCAGCCGCGGCUUCUGCUACAGCCACGGCGGCGGGCGCCGCUGCAGCGUGGACGGCUGCAACAACGGCGCCGUGAGCCGCGACCUGUGCAAGCGCCACGGGGGCGGCCGCCGCUGCCGCAUCGCCGGCUGCAAGAGCAGCAGCGAGAGCGGCGGCCUGUGCUACAGCCACGGAGGCGGCCGCCGCUGCAGCCUCUCGUGGUGCUCGGCGCGCGCCAAGAAGGGCGGCUUCUGCGCCGUGCACCUCACGGGCGACCGCACGCAGCCGCCGCCCGCCGCUGCUGACGGCGCGACUGAGAGUUCCCCGUCGUCCACUUCAUCCUCCUCGUCUUCUUCCUCUUCUGCCGCGGCGGAGGAGAUAGUGCACCCGAACGUCGUGGAGACGCUGCUGUCGCUGGCCAAGGACCAGUCCAGCAGCGCCGUCAAGACGGAGCCCGUCCCUGUCGAGACGAGCUCCGCGUCACCCACGUCGUCGUCUUCAGGCAGCAAGAGCGCGUACGCCAUCGCGUCCCUCCUCAACUAGUUGAACUACUAGAUGAGUCCAAUGGGACUGACCGGCUGGCCGUGUUCCUCGUUUCAAGCGUCUCAAGCAACGGAGGCCAGGCCCGGGCGGUACGGCGCAGAAAGGUGCGGGCCAGCCCCUGCCGGCUUCGUUUCCUUCUGCUCCUGCCAUAUUUAAGUGCAUGUCGCCUCGCUUCCCUUGUUGUAUCACCACCCCCUAC